AUGUCGACGGGGGAGAUGCUCGAGAGCUACUAUGCCCCCUCGAGCUCAAAUUUUCAGCCGCCGCCACGACAGUCCUCAACCACCUCUCUGCCCCAAGGCGCUCGACCAGCAGCAUCAACGAGCACACCUCCUGUGACUCCACCUACGAUCAGUGUAUCACACAGCGGCAUGGGAACGCGUCGUUUCUCGAAUGAGACGAGUACAUCUGGCUCGACGGCAGUCCAUGGCACGCCGGCAAAAGCGCAAUACGCCUAUCAACCGCAGCCCAACUUUGCCUCCUUCUAUACACCGGAUGCGGAACAGCGAGGCAGAUCUCGAGAGAGAAAGAACGAGGAUUCCAUUCUGAUGGAACAGCUCAGUCCGCCUAGCUCCUCAGGCGCACACGCCCACUUCGGCUCACAACUGGGAUACAUCAAAGAUCACGAGAGCGAGAAGCAGCCAUCUCGUGCGGAGUCUCGUGCUUCCUACAGACAGAAUGCAGAGAGCAAGGCGUAUGGAUACAGAACCCCUCCGCCCCUGUCGAGAGCCAAUACCAAUGUCGAUCCCGCUAUGCCUGGCGGUGCAGCUCUCUACAGCACCCUCGCCAAUGGAUCGACGAAUCAGCUCGAGUUCGCAGAGGGUGACUUUGGCAGCUCGCCACGCUCAAGACAAUGCUUCCAAUUCCUAUCUAGGCACAUCAUCGUGCGAUGGACAAUCUUCAUUCUGCCCGUGCUCUGCCUGCUCUGGAUACCGGGCAUCAUUGGCUUGACCGCCGCGAAAGAUGCAACAGUCUGGGGCGUACCGCUCGUCUGGUGGUCAUCCUGGCUCUCCAUCGUCUGGGUCGGUUGGUGGGGCGGAGUCGCCUUUGCGACUCUGUUGCCCGUCGUGCUGCGAAUGACAAUCGCCGUCGUCGCGCCGGAGACGCGAAUGUAUAUCGACUACCUCUGCGCUCUACCGCGAUCGAUAGCUAUCUUUGUCUGGGCGCUGCUCAACUGGAUCCUCUUCCAGGUCUUCGUCACGAGCCAUCAGUCUCAUUCGGCGACGCACAUCCUCCAUCAAUUUACCCAAGCUCUGUCUGGCAUCUUCAUUGCUUCCAUCUUGCUGUUGAUCGAGAAGAUCAUCGUGCAAGCUAUCGCACACGCUUUCCACAAGAAGAGCUACGAAGACAGACUGUCGUCUCAAAAGUUUCAGAUCGCGGCUCUCACCGUACUCUACGUCAAUUCGCACGACAUUGGCCGCUCUGAUACGCUCGAUGGAGCGUUUGCGAAAACACAGAAGGACUCUGCUCGCCGUGUGCUCAAGCGAGCUGCUCAACAUGUCAAAGCGAUAGCUCAGACAAGCGCGACUGUACUAGGUACAGUGGCUUCCGAAGUUGCCGGCGAACGUGUCUUGCAGCCCAAUUCACCGCUAUCGAGGGUCACGUCUGCCCUUGCCUCGCGCAAUAAGACCCGUCAGCUCGCCAGACGUAUCUACUUCUCCUUCGUCCCAUCAAAGCGCCACGCACUCUUCCAGUCCGAUAUCGAACGGUACUUCAGCUCGCCCGAAGACGCCGCAAACGCUUUCUAUACGUUCGACAGAGAUGGAAAUGGCGACGUCUCGCUUGAAGAGCUCGAGAUGGCAUGCCUCGAGCUGCACAGAGAACGUCUCUCGCUCGCGUCGAGUAUGCGCGAUCUCGACAGCGCAGUCGCUCGAGUGGAUUCAAUCCUCAUGACGCUGUGGUACAUUGUCUCAAUCCUCAUCAUUGUCGGCUUGCUCGAUGUGUCAUUCAAUACGAUGAUUGCCUCCGCCGGUACACUCAUCCUCGGUCUUUCCUGGCUCAUCGGAACGACGGCUCAAGAGAUCCUGGCUAGCAUUAUCUUCUUGCUCAUCAAGCAUCCCUAUGAUGUCGGGGAUGUUGUUCGAAUUGGAGACGACAAACUGGUGGUGAAGGAGAUGCACCUGCUCAGCACGAUCUUCAAGAAGCUCGAUGGUACGAUCUCUCAGAUGCCUCACACCCUCCUCAAUACCAAAGCCGUUGAGAACAUCCGUCGGUCUGGUCCGAUAUCGGAAACGUUCACGUUCGAUGUCGAUGUAGGCACAUCCUUUGAAUCGAUCGAGGCUUUGACAGAGAAGAUGUCGAAUUGGGUCGAAAGCGAGAGGAGAGAUUAUCUGCCGGGCAUCAAUGUCCAGAUCAAGGAUUUCGAUGCUCAGACGAAGCUCACGCUCGCUGCCGAUAUCAAGUAUAGAUCGAACUGGCAGAAUGGCGCUCUACACGCGCAGAGACGCAACAAGUGGAUUUGCGCUCUCAAGAUAUCACUGAACGAACUCAGAAUCUUUGGGCCUGCCGGUGAUCCAGAUGCGGCUGCGGAUCCGACGCUCAUCAAGCUUCUUUCCAACGAACCCAGUCCGACUUAUGACAGCGGCUCUGUCUCUUCGUCUGGAAAAGAAAAGGCGCCUAUGUCACCUCUUGGCCAGACGCGCUCAAAUGAGAGCAACGCAAGCAAGGCGACUCUGGGCGACAUCCGCACGCUCAACUUCAAUCAGCGCGACGUCGCCGCUCGUGAUCCACUGAGCGACAUCUUUGACGGCGCAGACGGCCGUGCGCCGCUCGAAUCGGAUACCGAAGCUCGAGGUCUUUCGCCUAGAGGCACCCAGCAUCCCGGUCUUACCGCUCGCGAUUUUGCUGUGCAGCAAAGCAAGAGCGUUUAG